GAAAACGAGUUGAGGGACGAGCUGUGGUUCAUCGAGUUCGGUCGCGGGGCGGCACUGCCGUUAACCCCGGAGGAGGCGCCGGCGGACGGUGAACCAGUGGUGCCAUGCGCCCAGGGUCGCGUCGUCGUGGAAACAGCGAGGCCGGCACCGCCGCACUUUGCUACCUGUUCCAGCUAUCGCAGGCCGCUUCUCAGUCGCGCAUCGAACAACAUGUCGAUUUACACGGACGGCACGGCGAUGUCGUCAUCGAGCAGCGGCGUGACGACGAACCAACAAGAGCAUCUACAGCAAUUACAACAGCAACAGCAGCAGGCUCUUGCUGGCGGUAAGGGUGCCGUCAGUAGAAGCGUCGGGAUGCCGCAGAGUCCUGCCAUGAGGCCGGAGGACCUCGGCGUGACGCCCUGGUACCUGGACGAUUAUUUGACGACGGCGGACACGUCGCCGGGACCAAUGGGUGAUCGGAGCUCGUAUCCCUCGUACUUGUACGCCGAUAGAGACGGCAGGCUGGACCUGAACGGCUCGACGAGGAACAGCAGCGUCGAUGGUGAGUUGAAGGCGCCGCCGCCGCCGCCCCCGCCGCCAGCACCUGUGCCUCGGAAGGCUUACAUGGAUCUGAGGGACGCGAUGGCGCUGUUGGAUGAGACCUGUCCGAACAUAGAACCCAGUCCGUCUCUUACCCCGCGGACGCCCAGGACCCCGCUUACGCCGUAUUCGCGUAACAAGAGAGCCCGCUCUAAGAGCAGCGACAACUCGUCCAAUUACAGCAACGAUCGACUGAGCGAUCGUUCGUCUGAAGCUUCCAAAGAAAAGGAUAAAGAGAAGGAUAAGAAGAGGCCGUUCCUGAGGAAGAUUGGCAUCUCGAAAACGGAAGAUCGACCGUUCCUGGCGAAGUGGACCCCGCGGAUCAAAGGCAAGCCUUAUUUGGAGAAGAUCGGGCCCAGCAAAGCCGUCGAGAGGCCGUUUUUGGACAAGAUCGGCUCGUCCAAAACCUUAGACAAGUUUACCUUCGAUACUCCGCGGAACGAACGUAGGAACGAAGUCAGACACGAGAAAAGGAUAAACGAUGUGAUCAAGAGGGAUGAGAUCGGUAACGACACUAGGCACGAGAUCGAGCGAUACGCGAUCGAAGAGAACGUCGAGAACAUAGAAGUCCAGGAAACGUCAUCCGUGGAGGAAGUACAGCACAAAUCUUCGAUAACUCCGCAAAUGUGGGCGACGUGCGAGAGAAGGCGGUCGGGUAAAGAGUUCCUGCUAAAGAUGCACUCGUUCGAGACGGAGGACUUGCAAUCCACGGUUCUAACGAAAGAACUACGAGAUCCGUUACGUGGCUUGUCCUUGGACGACGUAUUGGACUCCGGUCCGAGCUCGUUACCGACGGAGAACAGCGACGAGCGCGAGUCGAGGACAGAAACGGAGAGCCAACAGGCGACCGGCGGGGCCGAGUUGCUGAGAUGUCGAGUGAUCACCAGCGAGGAGAUUAUAUCCUCCGCGUGCUUGGACUCGCCGGGCGAGGCCAACAGCUGGAGCAAUUCGCCGCGCAGAGCGCAGCGUAUGAGAAAGGAGUCAGUUACACCCGUUCGUCGCAGGAUCCAUCAGACUUCCCGCGAGAUCCUUCGCAGCGACGACAGCAUGCCGAACUCGCCCAGCAAGAGGCCGAUCUCGAGCGUCUCACCCGAUCGCGAGGUCGAGUCUAGGAGCGACACUUUGGAGAGAGGAUCGUUUUCCCCGACAAAGACUAGAAAACUGAUCGUCGAGGAUAUGAGGAAAAUCGACAACACGAGGCGAUCGUUCAAGUAUAACCAGUUCGAGAGACGAGGCAUCUCCUCGGAUAAUCUGCUGGCAAAAGACGCCCUCUCAUUCGUCACUGCCUCACGGACUAUAACCGACGAUAUCGGGAGAACGAGGGAGAUCUCGUCGGAGGACUCGUUGGCCGCUCGCCGUGGUGUUCAGGAGUAUACGCGGGAGACCUUCAAGCAACUGCAGGAUAAGUUCAAGUUGCAGGAGAUACCUACGGAAAGUUACGCGGCUUUCAAACGACGCACACGGGCUGCUCAGGGAUCGUUGAGUCAUCAUGAGAGGCUAAAGAUGAGUCUGCUACCGGGAGGACCAGAAGUGCGGAUCUUGAAGAACGAAGAGCUUAAGGCAGAAUACGCACCAACAACCGACGCGAAGGAAAACGAACCAGCCGAGAUAAAGCGAGAUCAGAGUCCAGAAGGCACGGUUAAAUCCGUUCUAAGGAAACAAGAGAGAAUCGAUCAAACCAGUGAACAGGAGACGGACACGAACGCGUCCAUCAGACGGCCGAAGAGGCGGAUCUUCCACGAGCCUUCGCAGGAAACUAUGGAUCUGUUGACGGAGUUGCGUAAGGUGAAGAGCUUACUGAAGACUCCAUCUUGGGAGAAGAUCGAUUUGGAGCUGCAGAAACCGGCGCGGAUGCCAAAGCGUAUUCUGCUAACGGACAAGGAGUUUUGUCUAUCCGUGGAGCGGGAGAAUAGCGUACGCCGUCCGUCGCGGAUUAUCAAUUCGCUGGGGACCACAGAGGAAGGUAAGAUCGCAUCGAGUCAUAAGGAACAAGAGGCCAAAGGAAGUCAGUUGAACGAGACCGAAAAAGUCAGCGAGCAGAAGUCACCCGGACCGGCUCUGUUUGAGAAGAAGUGUAUGUCUUUAGACUACGCCGACGAAGAUAAACCCCACAAACCGGAGACUAGAGCGAUCUCUUUGGCCUCUACGAGGAACCUGCCGUCCGAGGCCGACGAUCUGGCGCUGAUGUACUGCAAGAGUUACUCCUCGGAUCUCUUCAACUCGCCGUCCGAGGAGACGCCUGAGAAUGAGGACGAAGUAAAAUCGCCGGAGGAAGAAUCACAAGAGAGUGAAUUGCAAGAGAGCGAACCACAAGAAAGCGAACCACAAGAGAGAGAACCACAAGAGAGAGAACCACAAAAGAGAGAAUCGCCGGAGAAGAAGCCCAGUCAGAAUCACUGCGCCGAGGUGGACAUCGCCAUUCCCAUCGAUCAGAAGAUCACCAGUCCCAAAGGAGAAGACGUCCAGGGACGAACCAGCGACCUCUACGAGAUCAUAUCGCCGCGAUCGACGCCGUUCCGCGUUAAGAAGCGACUCGGCAAAAUCUCCGUCGAGGAGAGCGUCAAGCCGGAGAAUUUCACCCUCGGUUCUAAGGUCGACUGCCGGUCGGUCGUUGCUCAGAAACGGACCAAGUGCUUCCCCUUAUAACGCACGUCGAUCUGCCCGCGGGCGAGAUUCUCUCCGCGACGAUUUCGGGCCGCGUUCGUGCCCGCGAAGAGAACGGGAUGCAGGUGUUGCGUUUCGCGUUGAUCUUUUCAGUACUGUGCUUACGUGCAAAUGGCUGAAUACGUGGGUGCUUGACUCGCGCGAUUCCCAACAUCUUAUUUAGAUGAGAAAAAGGCUCCGUGUCUUUUCAAGUAUAGCUCCUCAAAUUAUAGAGGUCUGUGAGAAACGGUAUCAAUGGAAAGAGUGAAAUAUUCUUACAGAAAAUGAUGAGAAGAAAGCAUUCGUAAAAAAAAAUUAUUAGUACGGAACAUAGGUAUUACACGUAGGUACUGAAAGGGUUAAACCGAUCGAGUGAUUCACGAUAAUAAUUACGUCCUGCAUCCGUCCUCUUCCGGCACGAGCGCGGCAUUCUCUUGAGUUGCUUCUAAGAUCGAACGAACGAAAAUGGAAGAAAUGGUGGAUUCGCGUUAGACGGAUACUUUCUUUGACGUGGCGCUCGACUCGAAAUAACGACUCAGUAAACUCUGUCACUCUCUUUUAGUUAUCAGUUAAUCGAAAUUAAUCGCGCGCAAUGGAAAUAGAACGGCUUGAUUUAUUUCGUAUUUAGUGAGUGUAAUCGUGGCAUCUGUUAAGGAUUCUCGCUCGUUCUCAAAGUUCUCGUCUCGUUUUCCCAAACUUUCCAGUAAUAUCAACAGAUUCAAUAGACGCGUAAGAAAUAUCGAAGGGAAUAGAAGCGCAAAGGGGGAAGAAUUUGACAACGGAAGCAACGUGAUGCGUCGAGGAAAUGUCAUUAUUUCGCUCUGCUGCGCGAUAUAAACAAUCAGGCUGCCGCUGUAUUCUUGAAAUCGAUAUUACUGCUCCACUGAUUAUCGCAGAAUGACGUCCCUUCGAAAGUAUAACGCCAACGUCGAUUACGCAAUUUCUCCGGGUGACAAGAAGGAAGACCAAGACGGAGGAAGAAAACGAGCCGGAAAAGCGAUCGAUUCGUGAGGAAGGAAACGGUUGAAUGGGGUUGUUCAGUUCAGAGCCUAAACAGCGGAUCUUUUCGACGCAACGAGUGAGCCGAAACGCGUGCGAGAGAGCUCCUACGGAAAUAUUCUAAAGUGUACCCCCGACCAUUUUUUACUCGACAUUUUCGAGGUGAACGAAGCGGCCCGAAAGGGUCGCUGGAAGCUCGAUGACGCGACGGACUUUUUCGCCCGCUGGUGCGCGGCCGACGCGCUGGAACGAAGGAUCCGGCGAAAUUUCUUGUGUCGAGCAGUGCCUUGUUCGUGGAUAUAUAUUAUUUAAACAAAGGAAGAACAAACAAACAAAACGUAUAAAACGCGAAGAAGAGCGCGUCCUAUCGACGAUCUAAUUCCGACUGCGCGCCGGAUUUUCUGAAUGGGUCCACGGAGUUGCGCUCUCGUCGAACGAUAUCGUAAUUCCUUCUCUCCUCUUCUCUAACUUUCUCUUUCUCUCUGUCUCUAUCUUUUUCUAGCUUUUUAUCGGGAAAAACAGAGAGCUUCGCGUUCAAAUUGCGAAGGUAGAAAAUCGAUCGCGACUCUUAGAUUCCCGAAUUUUGCAGAUUUCAAUUUCUCACGCUAUCUCUAACGAAUCGCGUGUCUAAACGCGACAAUUCGCCCUUAACGAAAGCGGCGUUGACGGGGUAUGAUCCGUCUGAUGCGGAGUUGAAGUAUCGAAAAGGAAGCUUUUCCCAUAACGGGGUAAGUUUCGACGGAGGAAGGUGACGAACUCGCGAGAGUGCGACUCCCACGCAGAUGCGUCCGCCUGCCAAGCCUGCUCUUUGUUCGGCGUGGCGUACGUUAACAUAACGUUUUAAUGAAAUAAAACUUAUAUAAAUGGAUACAGAUUAACACGCGUUCCUCUUAUAAUUUUUUAGAAGUAGAUAGGGUCGACAACGCACUAAAAAUUGACUAUAUGGAAAGUACAUCUAAAUGUAGAUAGAGAUAUAUAUACAUGUACAUAUAUAUAUAUAUAUAUAUGUGUGUGUGUAUAUACACACAUAUAUAUAUGCAUAAAGCAUACGUAAAAUAUGUACCACCGUUAUUCCGGCGAGAUAUUUGCGCAGUGCACUAGUGACGUCGAUGCAGAUGCAUUCUUGUUUCUCCACAUUAUUUGUAAUUUUCUUGGUGCUUUCAGGAGAUUGUUAUCCCUUCACGGACAAUUAGAUAAUACUUGUGUAGUUAAAUAAUUACGUCUCUCUCACGAUUCGACACUUGAAUGAGGUGAUCACGUGGAACAUUUGAAGUAGUGCACGCGGCUCUUCAAACUCGUAAAACCAAUUAUACCUUCGAUUCAAAGUGGCGAAAUUGAAAAUAAUUCGUUUGCAUUGAAUAUUUGCGAUUCUCUCCUUGCAUUAUACUCAUAAUCUAAAAAAUAUAUGUGGAAGAAUUGAAUUCAUCUGAGCCGACGCAACGUACACGCGUGCCGAUCGCGCGUAUUCAGUAAAUACUAGAGAUUCAUGCGAGUUGGUACACACAUAUAUACACACACACACACAUAUAUAUAUAUACGUGUGUGCGUACACUCGACGGCAAGUAUACAUACGUGAGCGUACUUAGCCAGCUGUAAUUGUACGAAUUCAAUAGUUGGUGAGAUGUGCCAAACGUAGAAAUACGAUUUAUUGUAUGUUACGAAAUUACUUUUAUAUAUGCAUUAUAUAUAGUAUAUAUACCUAUCUCUGUGUGCAUGCACACGACCGCGCCCGCGCGCCAAAAUUACGUGUAUGCGUGCGUAUGCUCGGUGGAUGUGUGUGAAAAUGUGAAUGGGCGCGUCUUUUCUCUGUCGCGCGCGUUCGUCUGCCGUGCUAAAUUUACACGCGUGUGUGAAUUAAAUGUAUGCGUUCUAAUAUGGAUAAGAACUUACGUGUAUUGCGUGCAAAUAUCGAUCAGUAUGUGUGUAUGUAUAUGUGUGUGUGUGUGUGUGAAUAUGCGUUAAUGACAUGUGCAUCGAGGAAGAUCACGAUCCGUGCCCCCGUAAACCUCGUACUUGGUCUAAUUAAUUCGAGGUGUACAAAACAAUUAUGGCGCUCUUAUUUUCAUUUUUCUUAAUUAACGCGUCAAAGUUUUGCGUGAUUAACGCAUUUUUUGUUCAUCUUGCAGAACGGAAAUUGCAAUAUCAUUUAACAUGAGUAUUUAUAUCAUAAACACUAGUAUUUAUAUCAUAAAUACGAGUAUUUCUCCUCUUUUAACUUACGACUGUAUUAUUUUUUGUUUUACAAACGGGGUAAUAUGAAAAAAUUGCCGUAAUAUUCUUACAUUCUUGAAGUGAUAUCUUUCUUUGAAUUUUCUCGUGACAAUUUAUCGUCAUUGAGAAAAAGAUACUUGAAAAUUUAUUUGUAGGAUUCAAAGUUUAUUCAUAAGAAAAAAAUUUUGUUUCGCCAAAAUAAACUUUAUUUCAUUGAAAUCAACCUUAUAUCACAGAGAUGAACUUUAUAUGCUACAAAGUUAAGUUUCAAAUAUUCUUUCUUAUAAGUAAACUUACCCAAAAGUUACACUCCAAUUUCUUUCUAAUUUGACACAAAUGUAGAAGUACAAAAAAUAUUUAGGUUAUAUUUUUUCAUUUUGGCCCACACACUUUGGUU